AUGGGUUGUGGUGCAAGUGGAUUGAAAGAUUGUAAAUCAGAAGUAGCCCAAUCGACAAAUGAUAGUCAUUCCAAUAAUGCAGAAAUUGAAGUUGAAGAACAUAAAGAAACAGAAUUAUCAAGUGAACAAUUGGAUCCUGUAUCAAACAAUGGACAACAUGAUGAAUCUAAAGAAGAAAUUCCACAAAAUCAAGAAAUUCCAGAAGUUUCAGUGUUUACUGAAGAAAAACCAGAUGUAGAUUUGGCAAAUGAUGUGGGACAACCUGAAGAACCUAAUACAAAUGAAGGAAAUACAUCAGAAAGCUAA